CAUAAGGAUAAGCGAUGACACAGGAGACACACUGUGAACAGAAGACUUUGAUGUCCCAAGAUGACUGUGAAGUGGAUGUCUGUUCUGCUGCUCCUGCAGAUGAGUUGCUACUUCAGAUCUGGGAGCUGUGGGAAAGUGUUAGUAUGGCCAAUGGAUUUCAGUCACUGGAUGAAUAUAAAGACAAUACUGGAUGAACUUGUACAGAGGGGUCAUGAAGUAACAGUUCUGAAAACUUCAGCUUCCAUCUUUCUUGAUCCUAGUAAAUCACCUGGUCUGAAGUUUGAGAGUUUUUCUACGUCUAUUGGUAAAGAUCAUCUGGACAAGGCUUUCACAAGGCUUGUGAAUGUAUGGAUUCAUGAAUUACCAAGAGAUUUGUGUUUAUCCUUCUCUCCUUUGCUACAAAACGUGGCUGAUGAAUUAUCUGAUAGCUAUCUGAGGCUUUGCAGAGACACAGUUUCAAACAAACAACUUAUGACAAAACUACAGGGAUCCAAAUUUGAUGUCCUUUUCUCAGAUGCCAUUGCUCCCUGUGGGGAGUUGAUAGCUGAACUUCUCCAGAUCCCUUUUCUGUACAGUCUGCGCUUCACUCCUGGCUAUACAAUGGAAAAGUACAGUGGGAAAUUUCUAGUCCCUCCCUCUUAUGUACCCAUGAUUUUGUCGGGACUAGGUGGUCAAAUGACAUUCAUGGAGAGGGUAAAAAAUAUGAUGUGUAUGCUGUAUUUCGACUUUUGGUUCCAGACAUUUAAUGAAAAGAAAUGGAGCCAGUUUUACAGUGAAACGUUGGGAAGGCCUACCACCUUAACUGAGACAAUAGGCAAAGCAGAAAUGUGGCUCAUUAGAUCCUACUGGGAUUUGGAGUUUCCUCGCCCAACCUUACCAAAUGUUGACUAUGUAGGAGGUCUCCACUGCAAACCUGCUAAACCCUUGCCGCAGGAAAUGGAAGACUUUGUCCAGACCUCUGGAGAGCAUGGUGUUGUGGUGUUUUCUCUGGGGUCAAUGGUCAGUCACAUAUCAGAAGACAAAGCCAAUGCAAUUGCAUGGGCUCUUGCCCAGAUUCCACAAAAGGUUAUUUGGAGAUUUGAGGGCAAAACACCAAACACCUUAGGAUCCAAUACCAGAGUUUACAAAUGGCUCCCCCAGAAUGACCUUCUAGGUCAUCCAAAAACCAAAGCCUUUGUAACUCAUGGUGGAGCCAAUGGAAUCUAUGAGGCGAUCCAUUUUGGAAUCCCUAUGAUUGGCAUUCCUUUGUUUGCAGAGCAGUAUGAUAACAUUGCAUACAUGGUAGCCAAAGGAGCAGCUGUUUCGUUAGAUUUCAGAACAAUGACAAGGACGGAUUUGCUCAAUGCACUGGAGGCUGUGGUAGAUAAUCCUUUCUAUAAAAAGAAUGCUAUGUGGUUGUCAACCAUUCACCAUGACCAGCCCAUGAAACCCCUGGACAGAGUCAUCUUCUGGAUUGAGUUUGUCAUGCGCCACAAAGGGGCCAAGCACCUGAGGCCACUUGCACACAACCUCACCUGGUACCAGUACUACUCUCUGGAUGUGAUUGGAUUCCUUCUGGCCUGUGUGGCAGCCAUAGCUUUCCUUUCCAUAAAAUCCUUCUUAUUCAUUUAUCGAAAGUUUAUAAAGACAGGAAAGAAAAUGAAGAGAGAGUAGAGUUCAUUGAGAAUGCACAUGAACUACAUUUCAGCAUCGUUCUAGUUUAUGAACGGCCUUCUGAACAUUCAUUGAUUACUCUAUCAAGGCAUAACUUCAUUAGACCGGAAGGGAGAAAUAAUGCAAUUAUAUUAUAAUUUUACAAAAUGAAAGACAUAAUUAAAAAGGCUGAGCAAAUGAUAAGGAAUAACAAAGUAAGCAGAGUUCCUCCAUGGUAUCAGCUUCAGUUCUGCCUCCUGAGUCCUGCCUUGAAUUUCUUGUCUACUUUUCUUCAGCAAUGAAAAGGAAGCUAUGAGAUGAAAUAAACCCUCUUCUGUAUCAAACAAAAAUGAAAAUUUAAAAACUAAGGAGAGGCCUUGGCAUGGUUCAGGGCAUGCAGCGUUAUGAUGAGCAAAUAUUUGGUGGAGAGGUGAGACAGAAAGGGAAGUGGGAGCAGUUUGUUCUCUGUGAAGACAGAUGGGACUGUAGAUGUGAAGGCAGCAAGGAACGGCCUGAUGUGAGAGGCCUGAACUGCUAUUGGAGGCCAUGGUGUUAUCUGGACCUGUGCUGCUGCAGAGGGCCAUGGCACUUCUGUAGCAAGGGUCUGUGACAACGUUCAUGCAAUGUGGACCUCCUUGGUCUGGGCUCCCAUUUAAGGCAUGAUGUUGUCAGAGUAUGGUGCUGAGCUGAUCCAGCCAUCACACAGUAGCACCAGCAGUGAUACAAGUGCAAAAAAAGAUGCCCCUGUCCCUUGCCUUGGCAUUGUGGGGGAAAGUGAUGGCCCCAAUGCUGUGUGCAUGGGAGAACUAAACCCACCAAUUGCUGGCCACAGGACUAGGUUGAGCUAGCCCUGCAACUUACCUGAGCAGCUAGGAAGAGCUGACCAUAAAUGAAGGUAUAGAUGAUGAUGGCGUCAUUAGUGUGAGAAAGCUGAUCCUUACCCCUCAUUGUGUAUCUUGUCAUUGUCAGAUAGUUGGCCCUUGUGACAUGGAUGAGGAAGAGCUAGCCCUGAUUGUGUGGAUACAGAAAAGCCAGCCUCACCCCUCCCCUGGGAAUCAUGGGGGAGCUAGCAUUGGUGACUUUCUCAGCUAUCACUCAGCCUAGAUCCCGGGUUUUGAGUUGGCCCACCCAACACCUACCCCAUCUAUGAGCUAUUGGAGUUCAUGGGGCAGGUCCUGCAGAACCAAAGUCGCAGGAUCUCAAUGACACAGAGCAGCAACAGGAUAGCCCAGAGGAGUCUCAGAGAAGAUCCAGCAUUGGUAGUGUAGCAGAGCCCAGAGUCCUUGAACCAGUCCGAUGACUCAUUACAGCGAACAUUCACAAGUACACCGUGUGACACCGUGAGACAGUGCACAUUCUACCAUGAGACUUUUUUGUAAUUUUAAUUUUCUAUUGUCUUUUGGGGAGUGAAGAUACAAGGUUGGAAGGAGAUCUAAAAGACCUGAGAAAUGUUUAUGGCUGUGGUGUAUGAUAUGAAAUUUAAAGAAUCAAUAAAAAAAUUGUGGGAAAAAUUUAAACAAGGAAAUAACUCUUAUGCUGUUAUGAAAUAAUAGUGUCAAAAUUUUUUUAAAAAGUAUGGAUCUUAUUUUCAAAGUCCUUUUUGUAUUGAUAUGAGUUGUGAAUACAGCUGGGUGUUGUGAAAUUACAUGUGUAUGAGGGAGUUAGUUCAACAAUUAACUUAGAAAACAAUAACUGACAAAAUUCAUACAUCUUAUCAUAAUAGCCUACUGAUGAUUGCCUCAGAACAGGAAAAACAAUGUUAAGAAAACUUGAAGAAAAAAAUAUUGUUUUGUAAAUGAUGGGAAAAUAUGUAAAUGUAGUCUUUUUGUCUUAUUUGUUAAUUUUACCUUAAUAUUUUGUUUGCUUUUAUUAUUGUUUUUCAUUUAUUUUGCAUACACACCACAGUUUCCUCCACUCCAUUUACCUCCAUACUAUUUUCUAUCUGUGCCUCCUCCAUUUUGAAAGGGGGAGGUCCCCCAUGGGAGUCAGCAUAGCAUGGCCUAUCAAGUUGAGACAGAAUCAGGAUCCUUCCCUCCAUCAAAGCUGGGCAACAAAGGAACAGGUUCCAAGGAGCUAGGUCAUGCGGCAAUGAUAGGUCCUGGUCCCACUACUAGGAACCCCACAAACAGACCAAGCUUUACAACUGUCACCCACAUGCAGAGGGCCUAGGUUUGUCCCAUGCAGGCUCCGUACCUGUUGGUCCAGAGUCAUGAGCUCCCACUAGCUCAGGUCUGUCGUUAUGUGGGUUCCCCAUAACGAUCUUGAUCCUGCUGUUUCCUAUGAAAAUGUUGAAUGAGACAAAGAAAGUUCUAUAUUUUAUUAAUUUGGAAAUACAUUCUUUGGCAAAAAAAGAAAAUGCUUCUCCUGUUAGCAUUUUUUCAAAGAUUAAAGUUUAGUGUUAAGUUUGAAUGUUGUUCUCUAAAUUGUGCUUUGCUCUAUUGUGGUUUCUGUCCUCCCACCAGGUCCCCUGUAACAUGGAGGGGCCAGGCCUGGUUGUAGUAGGGGUUUUUGUCCCGCCCAGUACCCCACAACUGUUUAGCCCCAAAGAAAAAUCACACAUAGGUCUCCAUAAAUUAUAGGCUGAUUGGCCCAUUAGCUCUAGCCUCUCACUGGCUAACUUUCACAUCUUGAUUAACCCACUUUUCUGAUCUGUUAGCCAUGUGGCUCAGUACCUUUGUUGCGGGAGCUCCUUCCACUCCUUCAGCCAGUAGCCACUGAGAUACCAGCCCACUGCACUGAGAUACCAGCCCACUGGGGUGUGGUCU